AAAAAAAAUCAAUGGCCUGCUCUAAAACGCGUUAUUCAAUGGUAGGCUGAUUUGAACGGAUUGCAUGAUAUCUUAGCAAACUGUGUUAAAGUAAAUUAACUGCAUACCUCUUCCCUCAUUCUUCUUCCAAACUGUAUGUCUAUUUAGUACCGGUAGGCAAUAGUGAGUGUAUCAUAGCAUACGGAACGUGCAGUGCGCAGAAGCGGUGAAGGGGAAAAUCGAGGGGAAAGAACGAAGCAGCCGCUGUCGGAUUCUUAUUCCAUGCGUCCACAAGAACACCAGUAAAAUUCCACCAGAAGAGGAAAAGGGGGACAGGAAAGACAGCUUGCAGGCAUCAUCGUUAAGGGGAACCACAUAAGUAUGACCGGACAGUAAAUUGUUCCACGAAUCCAUUAUUUCCCGUCAUAUUCCACUGUCAAUGAACUGAAUGCAGAUCCUAUGUGCGCACGCAGGAGCACAAAGCGGAGGUUUGGGAACCAAAUUGUGUCCAACACCAACACUGACAUCGGAUGUGCAGCAUGUAUGGAGCGGUUUCAUCUUGACCACGGCUUAUAAUCACAGUAACCAACGGUUGAUUACCUACAACAUCUUAAUUGCCUGAUGGGGCGUGGAAACAAUUGAAACUUUUAACCCAAGGUGUGGACUUCACAGAUGAGGACAGUGUUGACCCAACCUGCAUUGAUUGCUCUAGCCUGGGAGGGCGAUGAUCAGCAGCGACGCACCAAAUAAUAAACUGUUCAAAACCUGAACUGCGACGGACGCGUUUGGUUAGAAGAUGAUCCUGUGCGUAAUUGUUUUUUAGCAGACUGCUUUUCGGAUGAAGAUCUGUUUGUAGUGAUUGAAGUGACAUUAUCCCUCUUUAUUUUCAUGGAUUUGAAGUGCAGUAGUAGUAACAGUAUGUGGAGAGAGGGGACAGUGCAUGAUUAGUUCGUUACAGAACGCACUUUCCACGCCGUAUUUCCAAUUCCGGGAUAUUGCCCACAACAUAAGGCCAAUUACUGCAACUACAACGAAGUCCUGUACAGAAAUAGACUUUAUAUUGAACCCUUCAGAUUAUUUCUCUCGCGGCUGUCAUCGUAGUAUGUCUGCACUUCGAAAGAAAUUUGGGGACGAUUAUCAGGUAGUGACCACCUCAUCCAGCGGGUCUGGAUUCAACCAGCCGGCACCAGAGAAGAAGAAGAAGAGGCAACGCUUUGUGGACAAGAACGGGCGAUGUAACGUCCAGCAUGGAAAUCUGGGUGGUGAAACCAGUAGAUACCUUUCCGAUUUAUUCACUACGCUGGUCGAUUUGAAAUGGCGCUGGAAUUUAUUUAUCUUCAUCCUAACAUACACGGUGGCAUGGCUCUUCAUGGCAUUCAUGUGGUGGAUCAUAGCCUACAUCAGAGGAGACCUCCAUCGAACCCACGAUGACAAGUAUACGCCAUGCGUUGCCAAUGUCUACAACUUUCCCUCCGCGUUUUUAUUCUUCAUAGAAACGGAAGCCACAAUAGGAUAUGGCUAUAGGUAUAUCACGGACAAAUGUCCCGAGGGGAUCAUUCUCUUUCUUUUCCAGUCAAUCCUGGGAUCAAUCGUUGAUGCUUUUUUGAUUGGCUGCAUGUUCAUUAAGAUGUCCCAGCCCAAAAAAAGGGCAGAGACCUUGAUGUUUAGUGAACAUGCAGCUAUUUCGAUGCGAGAUGGAAAACUAACUCUCAUGUUCAGAGUCGGCAACCUGCGUAAUAGCCAUAUGGUGUCCGCACAGAUCCGCUGCAAAUUGCUGAAAUCUCGUCAGACGCCCGAAGGUGAGUUUCUUCCACUGGAUCAGUUGGAAUUGGAUGUGGGCUUCAGUACCGGGGCGGAUCAGCUCUUCCUCGUCUCACCACUCACAAUCUGCCAUGUGAUUGACACUAAAAGUCCAUUCUACGAACUCUCCCAGAGAUCCAUGCAAACAGAGCAGUUUGAAAUUGUGGUCAUAUUGGAAGGAAUAGUGGAAACCACUGGGAUGACUUGCCAAGCGAGGACUUCUUACACUGAGGACGAGGUUCUAUGGGGACAUCGUUUCUUCCCAGUCAUCUCUCUGGAGGAGGGGUUCUUCAAGGUGGACUACUCCCAGUUCCACGCCACAUUUGAGGUCAACACCCCCCCGUACAGCGUGAAGGAGCAGGAGGAAAACCUGCUCAUAUCCUCUCCUCUCAUGGCCCCGUCCCUGUGCAACAGCGGCGAGGGGGGGAAGAACAGCUCCAUGGACUGCCUGGAGACCCUGGAGGACAAGGAGAGCACCACCACCAAGCUGCCAUCCAAGCUGCAGAAGAUGCAAGGGGGCGGCUGCGGCCGGGACGGACUGCCCAUGCCUAGGAAGCUGCUGAGGAUGAGCUCCACCACAUCGGAGAUGAUCUACCCCGGGAGCAUGGGGGAGCUGCCCAUGAAGCUGCAGCGCAUCAGCUCCGUCCCCGGCGUCUCCGAUGAGAAACAGGUGAACAAGAUGGCCUCCAAGAUCAGCUCCGAUCACAUCAGCCAAUCCGUGGCAGACUUGCCCCCCAAGCUGCUAAGGAUGCAGGGGGGAGGGGGAGUAGGGGGCCGAAUGGACGGACACCUUCCCCCGAAACUCAGAAAGAUGAAUUCUGACCGCUUCACGUAGAAUGGGCGACCAGUUUUAACUUAUUACACCCCAACCCUUUAUUAUUUCUAAUUUAUUAAAGGACAUGAUUCUUAUAUUCAAGAAAAUGUAGUAUAUAAAUACGUACAGAUAAAGUAUACCUUGAUAAAAUACCGCAGAUUUGUUCCUGGAUAUAAGUAUACAUGCUAUGAUGAAAGACAAUGUAUGAUAAGCACAAUCUGGCACGUACGAUACACUAAGUGCAUGUAAAACAUAGUUUCUUUCAUUUCUGGCAUGACAUUUCUAGAUAUAUUAUUUUACAGAGAUGAUUUGAGCAGGGGUGUUACUUCCUAUGGAUCUGAACAGUUGCACAAAGCCAUAUGGUUUACAAAAUGGAAAACCUACACAACAUGGGACUAAUUUGCGGUGAAGAAGGGUACAUACAUUCGAUUUGAGUUGGCUGCUUUUGUUGUUUAAUGUAAAAUUGUGUGGCAAUGUUUCCGUUAAAUGCAUGCUACUUUUAUUGACUUAGCUAUACAAAGGUAAUAGACACAGAUGUUUAGCCUUAACUAUAUUACCUUGUUUCCAUUUCCACGAUUGUUCACAACUGUAUUUUUGGGAAUUUUCAUGUAUAGGAUGAUAUUUUACCAUGUGCAAUUUUAAGAACUUCUUAGUUCAGCAAGCGUACUGUAUGUUGCUGGAUGAUGCAAUCUAUAUUUGAAAAUGCAUGAUCCAUAUCAUAUGUUAUAUUGGAACUGGGCACAAUCUUAUUAAGCAACCUGAACUCACUUUUCAAGGUAACACUUAUGUUGAAAUCAAAUAAAAUUCAAUCAAAUGUAUUUCUAAAGCCCUUCUUACAUCAGCUGAUGUCACAAAGUGCUGUGCAGAAACUACAGCCUUAUAAGCACAACACUGUACACUGUUUAUGGCAGUAAGCAUUUAUGGCUUUUUGACAUAAAUGUCCUGAACAGUACUGUAAAAUGACUCUUUUACAUGGGAGGAAAACAACUAAAUCGAUGGUCACGCAUGCCUUAUUGAACAGUACUGUAGUUUGGAAUUUCAAAUGAUUAUUCAUUCUACAUUUAAUUCAACGAACAUGUGCACCAAAAUUUCAACUUAAGUGUUACUGCAGAAAUAUAGAUUUAGAGGUGGACCUAUAGCAUAUUUAGGAAAAAGUCACCACCUUUGUCUUAAGAGUCCAUAUGCUCCCUGUUUAACUAAAGCAAUAAUGUUAUAAUGACUAUAAUCUUUAUAUAGCCACAGGGUCUGCAGCAGCCCAGUAACCAUUAUAUUUACCGAAUCCAUGGAAUCUGGUUCAACUAAAAGCACCAAUGAUAUUGUAUGAUCCUUAUACUCUUCAGGAAUAAAGAUCUAAGAUCAGUUCUUGACACGUUGAUUUAAUAGGACACGGGUAGCUAGCUUUUUGUGGACACUAUCAAACAAAUAAAAAAGCUUGUAUAGAUGACAAAAACAUGACAAAAGCCCUACUUGUUAUGGAUAUGACAUAUGGUGCAUUCGGAAAGUACCCAGAACCCUUCACUUUUUACAACUUUUGUUACGUUACAGCCUUAAUCUAAAAUGGAUUAAAUACAUUUGUUCCCCCGUCUACACACAAUACCCCAUAAUG